CCUGCGUUUGUUCACAGCCAUGAAACAAAGUGUUUUGGGGGUCAUGGGGGCGCUGGGUCGACUGCUGCUGGUCCUCCUCCUACUGUCCUGGGAGGGAAAUCUAUUUCAGGUCGCAGGGGUCAGAUCAGUCACUCUCCCAGAAUCCCUCCUGUUCGUCUCAACGUUGGACGGUAGUCUGCACGCUGUCUCUAAACAAUCGGGAGACAUCAAAUGGACCUUACGAGAAGACCCCAUUAUUCAGGUGCCUGUGUACCUCACAGAGCCAGGUUUUCUUCCAGACCCCAAUGAUGGCAGUUUGUAUGUACUCGGUGGAAAACACAAGGAAGGCCUGAUGAAACUGCCUUUCACGAUCCCAGAGCUGGUUCAGUCAGCUCCCUGCAGGAGCUCUGAUGGUAUCCUCUAUACUGGUAAAAAGCAGGAUGUCUGGUUUGUUGUGGAUCCUGAGACAGGCGAGAAGCAAACCAGUUUAACCACCUUGUCGUCUGAAUCCAUCUGCCCCAACACUCCUUUGCUCUAUAUAGGACGCACAGAAUACAUGGUGACCAUAUUUGACACCAAGACACAGGAGCUGCGAUGGAACGCCACGUACAAUGACUACUCUGCUCCACCUUAUGAUGAGAAACAAGACUACAAGAUGGCCCAUCUUGUGUCGAGUGGGGAUGGUCUCGUUGUGACAGUUGACAGAGAGUCAGGUGACGUCCUGUGGAGUCAGAACUACGGGUCGCCGGUCGUGGGGGUCUAUCUGUACACUGGUGACUCGCUGAGACAUGCCCCCCACUUGUCGCUCGCUAUGGAAACGCUGCGCUUCCUCACAUUCUCCUCUGCCAAUGACCAGGCAGACACACACUCCACUUUAAAGUGGAGCUAUCAGUUUGUGAAGGAGCAAGCCAGCGCACAAGCACAACUUGUACCAACACUCUACGUAGGAAAACUGGACUCCCACCUCUAUGCCUCCACCUCCCUUGUUCACCAUGGAGUCUCAUUAGUGCCUCGGGGGUUGACCCUGGCUCGGAUUGAGGGUCCAGUGACGACUGGAGUGACGGAAAGAGAAAGAGGGGAGUGUGAGAUCACGCCUUCCACUGAUGUGCGCUAUCCACCAGGGAGCACGAACAGUCAGAAAAACCACUGGCUGCUAAUAGGUCAUCAUGAGCUCCCUCCAUUGGCCCACACCACCAUGCUGAGGGAUUUCCCAGUUGGCCUGCAGCGUUCUGGUGAGGCAGUCAUCCCUCCUCGACCGCCUGGCUCCUCUGCUUCCCCAGUCUCCUCAGGUUCCUACUAUCACCAGCGCUACUUUCAUAGAGAUGCUGGUAGCCAUAGCAACAGUGAUGCUUAUAAAAGCGGUGGGGAUGGGAGGAUGUCCGAACAGGCCCAGAAGCCGGCCGCUGUGCUGCCUGUUUAUGUGACUCAGGACCGCCUGACUCUGGCUGUUCUGACCCUGCUGCUGGGAGGAUGGCUGGCCUUCGCACUCACCUACCCAGCUCGCGCAGCCCAGCAGCUGAAAGCUCAACAGCAGCUGGAGGAGGCUUUUGAAACUCGUCUCCAGCGCAUGCAGACCAACAUGCAGACCAACGUGCAGACACCUGCCUCUUCAGACACAAGCCUUUCAACUGGCACAAACCUCUCAAAUGACCCACAGCCUGCACCCGCUGACCCUCCACCGAGUCCUCACAGUCACAGCAGUAGCACCUCAGAUGUCAAUACAAAUGACACCGCAGGGCACAAACCUACAGCAGGAAACAGUGAGGAGGUGCAAGUGGGUAAAAUAUCCUUCACUCCAUCUGACGUCCUUGGACACGGCACAGCUGGAACAUUUGUCUUCAGGGGUCAAUUCGAUGGGCGUAACGUAGCAGUGAAACGAAUCCUGCCGGAGUGUUUUGAGGUUGCUGAGCGUGAAGUGCAACUCCUCCGAGAGUCUGACACACACCCGAAUGUCAUCAGAUACUACUGCACUGAGAGAGACCGCCUCUUCACAUACAUCGCCAUCGAGCUGUGCGCUGCAACCCUGCAACAGUAUGUGGAGGAUCCAUCUUGCUUUCCUAAACUGAAUCCUAUAACGCUGUUGGAACAGACUAUGUGUGGCCUCUCACACCUCCACUCGCUUAACAUAGUCCAUCGUGACCUGAAGCCUAGAAACAUCCUCCUCUCUGGUCCCAGUGCGCUGGGUCGAGUCCGAGCUCUCAUUUCUGACUUUGGGCUCUGUAAAAAGAUCCCAGACGGUCGGACCAGCUUCUCUUUGCGGUCUGGAAUACCAGGAACUGAAGGGUGGAUAGCUCCCGAAGUGCUGAGAGAUACUCCUGGCAACAAACCGACAGCAGCAGUGGACGUGUUCUCAGCAGGGUGUGUGUUCUACUACGUGGUCAGCAGAGGGCAGCACCCUUUUGGCGAUGCUCUGAGACGACAGGUCAACAUCCUGGCAGGGGAAUAUUCACUUGCACAUUUUAUGGAGGAUAUACAUGAUGAUGUCAUAGCGCAGGAUCUGAUUGAACAGAUGAUCAAUGCUGAGGAGUCGUCACGCCCCACCACAGCCUGUGUGCUCAAACAUCCGUUCUUCUGGAGCCCUGAGAAGCAGCUGCUGUUUUUCCAGGAUGUGAGUGACCGCAUAGAGAAGGAACCGGCAGACAGUCCAAUUGUGGUCAAACUGGAGACUGCAGGAAGAGCGGUGGUCCGAACCAACUGGAGGAUGCACAUCUCUGUGCCUCUGCAGACAGACUUGAGGAGGUUCAGAACAUAUAAAGGAAACUCAGUCAGAGACCUGCUAAGAGCCAUGAGAAAUAAGAAACAUCACUACCACGAGUUGCCACCAGAAGUGCAGCAGACUCUCGGCGAGUUGCCGGAAGGGUUCGUCAGUUACUUCACAUCUCGUUUUCCACGGUUACUGAUGCACACUCAUGCUGCUUUGCACAUCUGCGCCCACGAGAGACUGUUUCACCCCUACUAUCUGUCCCCCAAUGACAAAUAGCACUCUCAUGACUCUAUACACACACAUACAUACACACAAGUCCUCUUUGUCUUAGCAGAGGAAAUCCCUGACAGUGACUUGUUAUUGCUUUUGUAAAGCCCAAACUGUUUUUUAGGGGAAGAUACAGUGCUGUGAAAAAGUUAAGUUGGUGUAUCUCUUGAGUUGUUUUAUAUAUUCAUUUAUUUUUACACAUUUAUGAUCAAGAAAUUAUUUUAAAAUUAAACCAGAAAACACAAGUCAAACUUCUGAAAAGGCUGCAUAAAUUUAAAGGGUGACU